UACCGACCGUUUGCCCCACGCGAUUUCUACUUUUAAUUGUUAUUAGUGGCUGAAAACGAUAAUCAUUUGCUUAUUAUAUUAGCCGUGAAUAUGUAUAGAACAAAGAAGGACGUUGACAAACACGUGGAAAACUUAAUCGCAAAAUUGUCGGUGAAGGAGUUUAAAACCCGGGCUUAUUCUAUCGGGCGAUUGUACUAUGAAGUGGGAGACUACUCCAGCUGCCAAAAAUAUGUUGAGCAAUAUCUUACUCAGAAGGACAACAACGCGGCAGCUCACAAGCUUCUCGGACAAGCAUUACAGAAACUCGGACAGAAAGAAAAAGCUCUUGAACAUUACAAAAUAUCACUGGACAUAGACCCGACACAGACCAGUACCAUACUUGAUAUUUGUGAACUUUUGGCUGAUGAUGAAGUGGAUAUUGAUCCUGGACGUGCUAAAUAUUGGUGCGAAAAGGCAGAAGCCACAUUUCCACGACAUCCUAUCACUUUCCGUCUUCGAGAAAGACUGGUUACAGUUUCCAACCCAGAUCCAGAAGCCCUUGUCAAGUUGCUCACAGCAGAACUGGCUGUAAGACCUAAAGAUGCCAUACUUCACUGUAGGCUCCUUAAACACUACCAACACACUAACCAAAUUAAGCAAGCCUUUGAACACAGCUUCAAUACAGAAUUCGGCUGGAAAAGAAAUCAUUUUAACAACAAUUAUAUGUGGUAUGAUACUCUUGUGGAAAUAUUGAAGCACAAUUCACAUAAUCCCAAUGACUGGCAAUACCAGCUUUUACUUCUCACUGUGCGAGAACGGAUCUGCGUCUUGAGUCUUACUGAAACACCUAGUGGCUCUGCUAAAAGUUUAAUUGAGUCUAAUGAUCUCCUUCAUGCAUAUGAUCAAGCUUUGGAGCAAGUAGCUAAAGCCGAAGCACCUCCAGGAUUUGGUGAGUUUCAUGCAGCUCUAUUACAACACCACAGAGGACAAUUUGUUUUACAUACAGCAACAUACUUAUUGAAGAAAGCCAAAAAGGAUCAACUUAGCUGGCGUGAUGCUAUUUGGUCAGCAGCUCCUUUAAUGCUGAUUGCUUGGCAAACCGUGCCAUUGGACUCUAAAGUAAAUUGGCUGACACAUGCUCCUGAAAAGCUACAAAUUGCUGUAAACCGCUGGUACAUAGAAGGCUCAUACAGAUGCUCACAAUCUGGGCAUUACUUACUUGGCAAUAUUUCAGACCGGAGUCAGUCAUUUUUAGACAGAAUUUCCCAAUGUUGUUCUGGACAUUGGAAGGACAAAUUGUAUGAAAAAAUUUUUGGUAGUAAAGAUCACUUAGCCAAAAUAAAAACUUCUCACUUUGUCACCAAUGCAUAUACCACACCUGUCCUUAGAUUACCACGAAGAAUUGAAGUUGAAGCUUAUGAUGUUGAUGCACAGAGGGAGUAUCCCACAUCAUUACAUCACUUUGUAUGGACAAUCCUGAAUUACAAAAAUUUUGCUCAUUUUAAAUGUACCCUUUUUGAUAUGUUGACUCCAACUGCGAGUAACUGUGGCCCAGAGACAUUAAAUAAAUUGGAUGUUCAUGCCUUUUUGUACUGUGCUGCAUUAACAACACGGCAGCAAAAAUCAGUGGAACUUUCUUAUAUCUCAUCUGAUAAGCCAAGUGUUAUCCCUGCCAAUAUAACAGAUUUACUUUGCCCACUCUCACAAAUGAAAUGGUGGGACUGUGCAUACAAAUUUAGCCAAAAUGAAUUAGGUACAGAACUAACUGAUAUUCGUGCUACACUGAGCAGAGGAAUUGAAGUUGUACGGUGUGUUGACCAUCAUGGACUUGACCCUGAACUUCUCUGUACUAUUGGCAGUAUAUUCCGUGAAAAAGCAAAACUUACUACAAGUGUUGAGGAGAAAAUGAAUUUAGAAAUCAGAGCUGGUUUGUACUACUCUUCCGCUCUCCCAUUGCUUGAGAAACUAAAAAAUAAAAUGACUAUUAAAAUGCCUGAAAAAAGGUUAUUUGAUUACACUCACAAAGAGCUGAGUUUGAAGGAACUAAAUUCACUGAUAGAAGAGAGCAAACUGUAUGUGGCAAUUAGUCAUUUAAAUGAUGGUGAUUAUGAGAAAGUUAUUGAGUUGCUUUCAAGUUUGAAGUCUCCACAGGCAUACUACCACCUCGCGUACACUUAUAGCAAAAUCGCUAUGGAAGAGAAAAAUUUAUCCAGAGACCACAAUGCAAUUGACACAAAGACCAAAUAUGCUACUUUGAUGAUAAAUGCCAAGAGUUACGCAUACAAAGCUUUGGAUCGUGUUAAAGAGACUGAAAUAAACAAGGAUCAUCCCUUGUAUUCUCAAAUUCAACAACUAAUUGAGGAUGUGGAAACUAACAUUAACAAAAUUGAUCCUGAAUUAUCUAUUAAUAAUGACGGAGAUGGAAAGUAUUCAUCAGAUGAAAACAUUUCGUCUGGUGGUAGUGAACAUGUACAAAUACGAAAUAAUUACCAAAUUUUCCGCAACAUAAGUUCCACUCCAAAACAACAAUCUAACUCUAAUUUGACGCAAUAUAGAACCGCAGUUGAUUCACAAAUUCUUCAGGAGCCUCCUAGAGCAGAUUCACAGUUCCUUGAAAAAAUUGAAAAUCAAAUCAAAAACUUCCAAAUGCGAUUAGCUGAUGAUUUAAUGGAACAGACUAAAACUUGGUUUGAAGAAAAUCGUAGAUUGGGAAAUCAAAUAAUGAAUACCAUUCAAUCUGAUAUACAAAACACCACAGAUCAAUUCAAGUUACUCAAAGUUUCCGUUGACCACAUUAAAGAUCAAAUUAACGAAUGUAGAAAUGAAUGUAAAGAUGUAGGAGAUUUGAGGAAACAAAUAGCGGAAUUGAAAAAAGAAGUGAAUAAGUUGAAAAAGGCGUCCACAGAACAAACUAUAGACGACAAUGACUUGUACAAUCUAGAUGAGGACUACAGGACUAGCGAAAACGCAUCGACAUUUGCGACUCAGCUGCCCUUCCAGACUUCACAAGUAAUGCCGCCAUUUAAUCAACGCCUUGUGCCUCCAUUCCCUGUACCAUCAAAUCCAUAUCAAUUGUACAAUCAAAGCUUGUAUAAUCUCUAUAACCAAUAUUCCCAGUUUGGCCAGACUUCGGGAGCACCACCGUUAUUCGACCCUACUAGAACGCCCAUAAACUAUCCAGGUGUUUACCCUAACCCUGAUCAAAUGUACUUAGACGUGGCACAUCUGGUGCCACCCUCUGUACCUGCUGUUCCAACUGUGCCCACCGUUACACCGGUGCCCACCGUUCCGCCGGUGCCCACUAUGUCCUCAGCAGCUACGGCACCAGUUAACGCGCCUCCUCCUAUUGCAACUGUCGCCAAACCAAAACCUAGUUCGGCGGUAGAACCCAAGGAUAUUCCUAGGUCAUUACCUGUGAACGUUGUUAUCACGUCUUCUGAUCCACUCCCGACCUGUACUACAGCACCACCUCCAAUUCUUAGCGUAACCAUUCCACCUAAGCACAUUAAGGCAAAUGCAACUCCUCAUAAUUACCAAAUUCCAAUGCCAUCUGGAAAUGACACAACAGUUAUGUCGCCACCCGUCUUUAGUUUUCCGGGUGUAGGAAACAAACCAGUAUCAACUCCAAGUACCUUAAUUAAUUGGGGUCAGCCUUCUGUAUUCAAAACGACUCAAGCUAAUAAUAACACAUCUGCAACAGGAAAUGAUUCAUUCCUUGAUUUAAAGAAUGACACCCAUAGUAAGAGCUUUGUUGACGGAUCUUUUACCGGAAUAUCGCCAAACACCAGUUUCAACAAGUCUAGGACGUUGUCUGAAAGAAGCAAUACUUCUGUGGAAAACUAUGAUCCUUGUCCAGACUUUAAACCUAUCAUCCCUCUCCCAGCAGAGGUAAAAGUAACAACUGGCGAAGAAGACGAAACUGUAAUUUUCAGCUCUAGAGCAAAAUUAUUUCGCUUUGUCGAUAAACAAUGGAAGGAAAGAGGUAUUGGUGAAAUUAAAUUACUCAAACACAAGAUUACUGGUAAAGUUAGAGUAUUAAUGAGAAGAGAACAGAUUCAUAAGAUAUGUGCAAACCAUGUUAUUACUCCUGAUAUGGAAAUUAAGCCAAUGAAGAACGAAACUAAGGCUUACUUUUGGGUUGCUAACGAUUUUGCUGACGAAACUGUUGUGCUUGAGAAGUUUUGUAUUCGCUUUAAGACUGCUGACAUUGCCCAGCAAUUCAGCGACAUUUUCGAAAAGUCGCGCUUAGAUUCAAAGAACUUACUAGAAGGUACUAAUCAAUCUGCCGCUACCACUACAGCUAUGCAGAAUCCACUUGAAACUGAAAGAACGCCCAUAGCAGAAUCAAAAUCGGAACAAUCUAGUACGCCUGUUAAGCCCGUAUUUGGAUUUAGUUAUGGCACCCCGCAAAACAAAACUGAAUUCGGAGGAUUUACUUUUAAUAGUAUUCCGACGUUCAAGACUGUUCCAGAUAAUCCGAAAUCUGAUUCCAAAACUGAUGUACCUACAACUACUAAAGUAAAUGUCUUCAGCAAUUUAAAUAUCGCAAAACCAAACACGAGCUCGCCUUUUAGCAAUAUUUUCAGUACAACUACUGGGCCAGUUGUAUUUUCUAAUAGCCAGACACCAAAACAGGAAACACCAAAUAAGUUAAAUGCUUCUGAUACAGUCGAAGAAUUUGAGCCCAAUGUUGACUUCAAGCCGGUUGUUCCAUUACCAGCUUUGAUUGACCAAAAAACUGGUGAAGAAGAUGAAACCGUUUUAUUUGAACAUCGAGCCAAAUUAUUGAGAUUUGAUGCUAAUAGUAAGGAGUGGAAGGAACGUGGCUUGGGAAAUAUUAAAAUACUUGCACACAAAGACAACCCACAGAAAGUAAGGCUCUUGAUGCGACGAGAGCAAAUCAUGAAAGUAUGUUGCAAUCAUGCUGUAACAAAUGAUUUGGUUUUCCAAAAAAUGCCAAAUAUGGACAAAGCUGUAACUUGGUGUGCUAAAGAUUUUUCAGAAGGGGAGUUAGUGGCAGAGACGUUCUGCUUACGAUUCAAGACUGUGCAAGCUUGCGACGAUUUUAUGGACACUCUUAAAUCUGUCCAGUCUAAAAUGAAAGAUGAUUCUAAGGCUGCGAAAGAAGAGCAAAAUGAAGCAAAUCUUAAUAACAAAGUUGGAUUUGGGGAUAAAUUUAAACCCAAAGCAGGCUCUUGGUAUUGUGAAACAUGUUACACAAACAAUUUGGAGAGUUUUGCAAAGUGCGCAUGUUGUGAGCAACCAAACCCACAAAGUAAUGUAAAAGAAGCAACAACAAAUGAACCCACAGUUGCUGCUGCUGCUUGGGGUGAUAAAUUCAAACCCAAAGUAGGGAGCUGGGAAUGUAAUGGUUGUUUUAUUCGUAAUGAAGCAAAUAUUGAUCAUUGUCCUGCUUGUCAUACUCCGAAGGAACCCGGCAUGCCUAAAAUAGACAGCAGUGUAGGUGCACCUUCUGAAAAUACAUUCAAAUUUAAGUUUGGAAUUCCUUCACAAACAACAGCUUCUGCUGCUCCUGUUGCUCCUCUCACAUCGUUGGGUUUUGGUCCUAAAUUCAAUUUCGGAACUCCGCUAACAGCUAACAACGCUACUGAGCAGACGUCGAAGGUAGAAACUACGUCCAUAUUCGAUGGUACAGGUGCACAUAAGUUUAGCUUUGGAAUUCCAACCGCCACAUCAGAACAAAGGUCGUCAGUCUUUGGACCUAAAGUGUCACCUGCUUAUGAAACACUUAUUAAUGUGCCUGCUACACCAAGUCAUGAUAAGAAUCAACCAAUCGCAACAGUUAAACCAGCACUUUUACCAACACCCCAAGCUGAUACCGAAGCAUUUGGUGUUAAAGAUGCUGGGACUUUUGAUUUCAAGUUCAAGCCAAAAACUCCUCCAAAAGGUAAAAGUCCCAUGAAAUCUCCAAAGAGUCAAGGCGAUGAAAGUGAUGAAUAUGCGUCUGAAGAUGAAGGGCAUCAUAUCUACUUCAGUCCUGUUGUACCGAUGCCUGAUAAGGUUGAAGUUGUAACGGGAGAAGAAAAUGAGAUAGAACUUUAUGGGCACAGAGCAAAGUUAUUUAGAUUCAUUGCUGGCGAGUGGAAAGAGCGUGGAAUUGGGAUUGUUAAAAUUUUGAAACAUAAAGAUACUGGAAAGCUGAGAAUUGUAAUGCGACGAGAACAGGUUUUAAAAAUUUGCCUAAAUCAUGCCUUAACACCUGAAAUACUGUACUCUCCAAAAGACGACAAAACCUGGUUGUUUGCUGCUAACGACUUCAGUGAGGGCGAAUUAAGUCUGCAACAAUUCUGCCUAAGAUUCAAAACUAAAGAAAUUGCAUUAGAAUUCAAAGAAGCCAUUGACAAUGCCAGAGAUGGUAAAUUAGCAGUUAAAAAUGAAUCACAUUCAACUAAAGUCAAUGACAGUGAAGAUGUUGUCUUUGUAAGUGAAAUUCUGGCAACAGACGAUGAGAAACAAAAAGCUAAAGAACUUAUGCUGCCUGAGAACUUCUUCACUUAUAAAACCAAAGAACCAUGUCAAGGAUGCCGUGGUUGCAUGAUUGAUGAUGAAAAAUCAAUCCACUCAACUUCAAGCUUCAGUUUGACUUCAAGAACAACACCUUUCACCUCGUCCUUAUCUACGCCAGUUAAAUCAUUACCGACUGCUUUCCAAAGUCCGAUAAACUCGUUUUACGGGACUCCAGCUAACUUUGACAAAACUUCAGAUACGUCCAUAUUCCGAACUCCUUUAGGUUCGAUCGGUUCAAAUGCCAAUUCUGUUUCGCCUGUGACUCCCACUAAUGCCGCACCUGCAAAUGAUACAAAAAACAAGGAAAAUGCAUUCACCCAGAAAAAUAUAUUUGCUGGGUUCGGCGAUAAACAAAAUAUUUUCGGGCAGUCACAAAACACGUCUAGUAACAUCUUUGGUGCUAGCGAAAGUCAAAUAACAAAUGCGAAGAGCUCCAUAUUAGCGCCUCCAAAAUUAGGUACACAAACUUCUCAAUUUGAUAAUAAACCUGAAGAAACAAAAUCCAUUUUUGGAACUUCUCAACCCAAAGUUGUUUUUGGAACCACACAGUCCAAACCUGAAGAGACAAAACCAGUUUUCUUUGGAACAUCCCAAUCCAAGACUGAAGAAAAUAAAUCCGUUUUUGAUACCCCUCAACUUGGUGGGGAAUCUAAAUCCAUUUUUGGAAAUAAUAACUCGGGAGUUUCUAUAAACGAAUCAAUAUUUAGUUUCUCGUCAGAUAACAAGAAAGAUGAUGCUCAAGAACCCGAAGUGAAAUCGUUAUUUGGCGGAGAUUCAAAACCCGUUAACUUGUUUAGUAGUGGGUAUCGUGGCAGUUUGUUUGGGCCUGGAGCUCUAUCUGAGAAUCAGCAAAAACCAAACAAAGUCAUAUUUGGUUCAAGUGCAGAAUCAAUAUUUGGGUCUAACUCGGCACAACCCCAGAAUUUUGGAAGUGGCGCUUCUGUUUUCAAUAUAGCGGCUACAGGAACUCAGGCACCAACAUGGACUUUCGGAGGUGCGACAAAUCAGCAGAAACCAGACAUGAUGAAAACACCUAUUACAGCAACAACUGAAAACAAAACUGAAGAAACCGUCGAGUCAGCUGCUCCUGAGACCCCAUUCAAAGUUGAUAACAGCUUGUCAUUUGCUGCAUUAUCAUCCAGUGGAUCUGGCUUUAAUGUCCAAAAAAAUACUGACUUCCAGUGGGAAGGCGCGGGACAACAAUUAUUUACAAGUGCACAAAAAUCGGCUAAAGACACUGAUAAAUCGGCAAAUGAAAGCGGUGCAGGUGACGACUCUGUAGCGGGAGCCGAGGAGGAAUAUGACCCACAUUACGAACCUAUUGUACCUUUACCUGACAAAAUUGUUGUCACUACUGGAGAAGAAGAUGAGGUCAAAUUAUUUGGUGAGCGUUGCAAAUUGUACCGCUACGACGACAAGACGCGGGAGUGGAAGGAGCGAGGUGUUGGUGAAAUGAAGGUCUUGUACCACCCUGAACGGAAAACUUAUAGAUUUCUUCUCCGACGUGAACAAGUGCACAAAGCGGUAUUAAACAUGUUACUGUUUAUGGAUUUGGAACUGCUUCCGAUGAAGAACUCUGACCGCGCCUGGACCUGGGCAGGUCGUAAUUUCGCUGAGAAUCCUUCUGGUGAACAAGAAACAUUGGCAGUACUUUUCAAGUCUGUAGAGUUGGCCACUAACUUCCGGGACAAGGUCAAUGAGUGUAUUCGGAAACUACAAGCUGCAGCAGCUGAAGCAAUAAGGGAAGACGUUGAAAAACCUGUGGAACCACUAAGAUUACCCAAAGGCUUACAAGAUAGUGCUCGCGCUGACCCCGCAAUGUCAACAAAAGUAACCGAGGUUACAGACUCGCAAUCUAAAGAUCAGACUGAUGGCAAACAGAAUGGACAAAUGAAGACAGAGCUCUUUAAACAGGUUCAGUUCCAAGAGCCACAAGAAGAUCCUGAUGAGGAGGUUUAUGAUCAUGAAUAUGAUUACGACUAUUAUAAUGAUGAGGAUGAGGAGUCCGCAACAUACUAUGCAUGCGAUGGGGAGGUGCUAGUGCGACAAGGCAAUUCUGAAACAGCUUGCGAGAACGCUCAUGUCCAGCUUUUGUUUGACCAGGAGAUCUACUCGCCUAAGAUUCUGGUCACCGACAAUGACACAGGCGAGAUCCUUGCCGACAUGCUAAUACAUACCGAAACUGAAUUCCAGUUGAACGAAACCUCAUGCACGUGGUCUGGUACCGACUACACCAGUAACGAUCCUGUGGAUAAGACUGUAACCAUGGACUUCCACGACCUAGAGACCGCACUCACUUUCUAUGAUAGCUGUGAGACGAGUAAAGGUGCUACAUAUUCUUCAACAGACCCGGAAUCGUAAAGCUGAAAUUAAA